GUCCUGAACACCGAAUUACGUUAAAUCGAACUGUGCAGUUCCUUCCGUGGCAUCAAAAUGAGAAACGUUUUAAUCAGUUCGACGGAUUUUGAACUUUUUGAUUCCGACAUGACAGCACAGGACUAUGAGUUUUUUCAGAAGCACAAAGGAGCCUUCAAAAGUUUGUUGGAAGACCAGGUAUGGAGUGAUAAAUGAAUAAAUAAAUGGGCUAUUGCAUUUUAAAUGUUCGUACUCCCCCCUGGGUCGAGAAGGCUUUUUCAAAAUGUUCCCCCACGCCCCGGGUUUAGGAAGCUAUCACAUAAAAUAAAAUUUUCACACACCCCGAGUCGAGGGACAGUGGAAUUCUUCAGCUGGGGUAGCUUAUGGAAGUCAUUAGUGGUGAAUACAUUUUAAGAAGAAAAGUUUGAAAGUCCUCUUUUGGGGAAGGGGGAGCAUGUUAACACAGUAGCCCUAUCUAAUCAGAUUAUGUCAAGUUUAUGUAAAACACAGAAGCUGGAAAUGCCGCUAAUUUAGGUCUUAGGCUCUUAGGUUCCUAGGAUCUGAUUGAUAUUUGUAUUCAAAGGAAAAGGAAGUGAAAAUGAAGCUUGUUAGGUUGUUAGGUUUUAUUUUUGUUUUUUUUUUUAUUGUAAAACAGUCUCAAGAGCAAAAGCAGAAGUUUGUGGAUGCUUUUCAAGAAUUUUCAGUGAAUCAUGGCUGUAUUAAAAACUUCCCAGUUAAGGUACAUUUAGAAGCUAUUAUUUUUAUGUCCUUGUUUUCUCUUCUUUGUUUAAAUUUUGUUCAUGUGGACAAAAGAGUGUGACAUCACUUAAGCUUAUAAUUGAGCUGUGAAGUGUUAUCAUUUUUUCACAGAAUGACAAUAUACUUGCCCUUGUUGAUAAAGCUAUACAAUAUUUGAAUGAAAGUUUUGUUAAUGGUAAGAUUUAAAAAUAAUUAUGAUGUUUUAAAUAUAUUAUGUCUUAGAGAUGCAUCGGAGAAAGGAAACAAAUUAAAGCAAAUCCAUUCACAGCCUUUACACAGACGUCGUUAUAUUUUUCUUUUUGUUCUUUUCGAAAACAUUGGCGAGUAUGGUGCGCGAGAAAGAAAAAUAAAGAAUGCCUGUAGACAUCUUUGCGAAAAAAGAGGUUUAUGAAGUCCCUCCCCCAUGUCAAUGCCUCAUCCUUAUCACCUCCGCUUUCACACCAAUUAAAUUUGACCAAUGAUAUUAGGGAUAUAAAUUGCAGCUUGUGUUAUUGGCUUAAGUCAGAAAGAAUCAAACAGUGACACUCGGACAUGUGGAGUUACGUGUUUGUUAAAGGCAUGUCUUGUUAGACUGCUUCAACAUGGAAAAAGCUGGCUAAAAGAGGUCCGAAGCCAAAACAAAUCAGCCCAUCGGAUUAUUGUAGGAUAUGUGGGUGCUCCUCAUAUGUCGAUAGUACCGAGCAAUCUUCCUGUUCCGGUAAAGCUACAGAGAAUCUUUUUAUUGAGACUUUGUGAAGGAAGUUUAAAAAGAUCUUGGUUUUACCGUUUUGCAAACGGAAGAUCAGUCACGUAGGGUUUGUUCGCCUUGCAGUAAUAAGGUUAGAAGCACCUGGGCUGAAUUUUCUAUUAUUAAAACCAACUUUCAAGAAAGCAAGCACGACAAUGAUAGCUUUCAGUUUAAAAGAAUGUCCACAUCACCUCAUGGUUCUGUGAAAGGUAACGCAGUGGCUGAAACGCCAGCUUCUCUCAUUGCCUUUGCUUGAUCAUAUUUUGAUAAUACUUUGUAAUAGCGAUGCAACUAAUACCACAUUCUUUUCUCUUUGUUUGAGUUUCACUGCCGCGAACAACUGGUAAAAACCAGCAUUAAACCCAAAACAGCCUGAGGCUGUUCUUCUUUGAGCACGUAUUUGCUUGAAAACUGUGCCAAACAGUUGUCAAGCAUGCUUUCCAUAGUCUACAGCCCAAAACAAAAGAUAUGGUCAACAUGGUCAACACAAGACUGUAGCAUGACUCCCAAAUUCACAAUUAUUGAUGUUAUUUUUUAAUGCAAAUUACGAUGUAAGUGUUGUGAUUAGCACAUCCCACAAUGACAAACACUUAGAACUACUCACAUGGGCCAAGCGUGAUGAGUCGUUGACAUGAUGAUGACAGGAUAAUCGCCGUUCAGCCAAUGGUAAUUUUCCUGGGAAAAGCAAGUUUCAUUUGCUUUCAAAGAUGUCUACAGACACCUCUCUAAGAUUGACAACGGACAGUUUUGAAACCAUCAAUGGACAAUUUGGAACUGCAAAUAUGUUGUGAAAAAUACCUCAAAACAGAAAAUGCAGGUGCUCUACAUGACAGUAAAUUGCAAAAUGUUUGACAUUUUGUAGUCUUGCUUGCUAAGCCGAACACCUCUCUAAGACAGACAAUCAGGACUGAUGUGUGUCUCCAUGUGUAAAAAGAAGAUUAACAUUAUUUUGAAAAGCAUGCAGUUAGGUUUCUAUCAAAACUAGGUCACCUUGAGCCAUGUGCUUUCACCCAAGAACAAGAUAUAUGCUCAGUAUGCAUAUGUAAAAAAUAUGUAGCGUAUUAGGUAACUGUUUACAAUUGAUUCAUUAUUAAUUUUAUUUGAACUUGCUAUCUUGUCAUGAUGUGUUAUAUCAUGUAGGAAGGUUUAGCAAAGCCAAGUGUUUGGUAACAGAUGCAGUCUGUCUGGCACAGAAUAGACCCGUUAUGCAGUACAUUGGUUCAUCCAAUCAUGGUAUGUAUACAGAAUAGUCAAUUUAUUACUGCAUGACACUGGCUACUGCCUUAUUUUAAUAUUCAAAUAUUUGCAGUCAAAAAGCAAAUCUUGAAAAAUAGCAGCAGCAACAACAACAACAUCUCAGACAGUACGUAAACCUGGAUCACCUGCCUGGGUGGGUAACAGCCACACCAUCCAAACUUUUAAUAUUAUUAAUUUUUAUCAACAUAGAUGUUCGGGCAAUUUUUUGCCAAGGGGGGCGGUAAACCAUUUGCCCAAAAAAUUCUUGCAAGUUGCCCAAAUUUUUGGAAAACAGUUGAAAAGAAAGGAGGGUCAUACGAUGCACUAACAUAAAAAACUGGCUUUGCCCAAAUUUCUCUUGCUGCUCAAAAUGUCUGAGUUGCCCAAAAUUUGGUUGGGGGGGGGGGGGGGGGGGUUUAGAGGGUUAUAUACCUUUGUUUCAAUUCUGCUGUAAUAUGUAUUCAAGGAUAGAUUCCAGUAAAAAUUAAAAACAAGGGGUCAUAUGGUAAGAAGCAGCAUUUAAACACAUUCAUCGCAUUUGAAGACCAUAAUGGCUUUGUCAGCCAACAAAACUUGUCUGCAAAGUGAGAUUCAAUACAAACGUUCUUUUACAUUGAUUUUGCACUAAAUGUUGUAGAAUGCGUCCACUGUCAAAAUUCAUGGCCAAAUGUAUUUUGAAGCCUAAAGCGAUGGCAACAACAACCGCACCAAGUUUGUUUUGAUCAACAUGGUAUUAGGUUCCUUGGGGAAGUUUACCUACUUACUCACUCACUCACUUACUUAUGACAUAAUUAAUAGCUACACUUUUCGUAAAGAGUGGAAGUAGCCACAAAAGUUUUAAUUCUUCACUGUUUUACUUUCUCUCUAUAGUUCCAUGCAAUGAAAGUUUUUUUUCAAUAUUUGUGAGUAAAUAUCUCAAACAAAAACCUGUUAUUUUUGCAGCUAAAAAUCCAUUCAUACACAAGGAUUCUAGGUAAGUCAAUUUCACAAUUUUUAGAAAGAACAUUGCCAAGGGAUUUGGAUAAAUUUUUGCUCUUAAUGUAUUGUCUUUGUGAAAAUAGACUUGCUAAAGAAGUAAACUGUUUGUUUACGAAAGGUUUAUUCGCAUCUUAGCUAGUGCUGUUCAUAUUUUUUCCAUCAGUCUUGUUGAAUUUGUUUUCAGAGAUGUGUUUCGACGUCUAUUUGGAGAACCAAUAGAAAAUGAAACCUGCUUGAAGGUAGAUAUUCUUAUUUAGUUUAAGUAUCUAUGUCUUACAAGUGGGUAGUCAAAGUCUUUUUAUAAGCCCCAGCAUCCACAAGGGUGACACUCGUUAGGCUUAAUGCUUUUUGUUCAGCUAUAGUGUUGCACUAAGAGCAAUCCCCCACCCAGACUCACUCACACAUGUCAAUUUUAAAGUUACUCCUCAACUUUCCCUGCUAAAUUUAUUUAUUGACCACUUGUCCUUGCAGCUUCAAUUUAUAAUAUGGAGAAUUAGUGUAGUUGUUAGCUCCUUGCAGGUUCAGUAUUCAGACUUACAAUUCAUAAAAAGCUGUGCCAUUAGAGUGUCAUUCCUAAGGCAAAAUACCCUUCAUCAAACUGUUAAGUAUUAGUGUUGAGAAAAAAAUAGUCAAAAUUGCAUUUAAUUUCUAGGUGAUGUGUGUAUUACCCCUGUAUAUUAAGUUUGGUGGCUCCAUUUGUCGCUAUUUGAAGCGCUGGUUAGAAGCUGGGAAACUGGAUGAGCUUGGUGUUACUUCCUUAACAGCAAUACCUUUAUCAGCUCUUCUUAAAUCAAAAUCCACAUCAAACACCGGAACAGACCAGGGCUCAGCAAAUACUCCUCAGUCUUCAGUAAGGGUGCUAACAAGCGAGGUAUCCUCAUCCAGCAACACAAUGGUUGCUGUAGCAACUGUUGGUGGAAGAAAUAGUGGGUCCUUGAACAAGGCAAAUAGUUCAGAUGAGGAUAAUGAUGAUGUUGAUGAUGAUGAUGAUGACGACAAUUGGCAUACCAAAGUUAUAAGAGGAAUACAAUCUGUGUUGACUGACAGAGCAGGGCCAUCUCCUAUUGAGUACAUGGAAGUUUAUAAGCGAGAUAAAGAUGGUUCUUAUAGGAGACUAAGGGAAGACUUUCAUUUGGGAAAACCACACCCCAAUCAGGAGUUUGAAGAACGUUGCAGGAAGAAGGAAGAGGAACGGAUUGAAGGAAGCCGUCUCCAUGAAGUGAUAAUGAAGGAUUAUUCUGAGAGUCAGAUUCAGAUCAAGCGACACCAAUGUGCAAACUGUAAAAAAGUUGAGAAAGAACGAGGAAUUUACAAGAAAUGUGGGAGGUAAGAUGGAUGCAAUUAUUGUUGAGAAAAGUAAUAUGGCUAUCAGCUCCAUUUUGGCCUGCAUAACUGGCACUCUUUGUUUGGUGAAUGCACAAAUGAGCAAUGAGGCAAUUAAAGCACACGGGAAGGUCAUUCUCCCCUCUGUUACCUCUCUCUAACAAAACUGCCGGUUACACAGGCACACCAGGCUUGCACUGUUAAAUAAAAUGUAAAACGUUAGCCAUUUGUUUAUGGUGGAAGUGCACUUUGUUGUCUGGCUAGUUUACAGGGACUCCACUUAUAAUGACAAACAAAUAAUACAAGUACACUGUAUAUCAUAAAGGUUUUAAAAGCACAUCCGGCAGAAUGUAACUAGUUGGCUGUUUACAAGAAUAACCAAGGAUUGGAUCCAUGACCACCAGAACUUGAACACUUUGCAUGUGCAUCACACUUUUUCGUUCAUUUCUUUUAUGCCACUGUACAACUAUGUACAAUGUAUGAAACUUCACGAAGAACACAACAAUGAAUUUUCCUUUCUCUUUUGAACUUGGAUACAGUUCUCAAAGAUUCAACUCCAAAAAAAAAUUAGGCUGCAUUAAUUGACAACAUUGACCAAGGUUAGAUAGAACGCUUUCCCUUUUUAGUGACACCUUCACUAGCUGUCACCACCAUUGUAGUUUCAUAUUAGAGCAACCUUUUGUUAACAGGAUGGGAGGAAAGGGUGAAUACCUCUUCCUGGCAUUUCCUCUCCAGAAAAUGUUACUUAUCUUAGGAUUUUUCUAAAGAACAGACAGAUUGUCCUGCGAAGGAGUUUAAUUCUGAUGAUUCUUGUCCCUAACAGGUGCAAAGGAAAAGGCACAAAAUUUUACUGCAGUCGAAAAUGCCAAGGUAAGUAGCAUUUGCAGUCAGCACUGCUUUUCCUGUCAUUUUAAUAUUAACAGCAAAUAGUGGCUUUACGUGCUAAGUGACUGAUGUAUAAAGAGGGGGGCUAAUUAGCAACGUAAAUAAUAAUGGAAACAUUAAUUUGUUUCCAUGUCACUUCACCAUUGCUUGAUUAACUGACUGGUUGAUUGAUGGAUUGAUUGACUGAUUAACUGGUUCAUGGAUUGUUUGAUUGAUUGACUGGUUGAUUGGUUAAAUGAUUGAUUGACUGGUUGAUUGUUUAAAUGAUUGAGAGAGUGUGUGCAUGUGUGAGUGAUUAUUGAUUGAUUGAUUGAUUGAUUGCAGAAGAAGACUGGGUCUCUAGACAUAGGGAGGACCACUCUGUGGAGCUACCAUCAUAAACGCCGAUCAGACUGAUUGCAGCUUUUAUACAUCAGUACACUGCCUUUGACAAAGCCUGUAUACAGCUGCCUCCUCCCCUCCCCUCCCCUCCUCUCCCUUGUUGUGGGAAGGGAGCAACUGUACCCAGGCUACCUUUAACACUGCUCAUGGAAAAAACAUCUCAUAAAAUUCACCAUUUUAUAUGUCAAAUUUUGAUCCAGAAACCAAAUCCCACCACUAUUUGUCACAAAUUAAGACAGCAUUAAUAGCCAUGACACAUUUGUGGCCAUGUAAAUUAGUUAGGUCCUUAAAAUAUGUAAAUGUCAGUUCAUGUAAGUGUAUAGUUGUCUCCCAUGACUAAAUUAUUGUAAUAUUAAGUUUUGCAAAAAAGUGUUGGAAAGUACAAUUUUUUAAAGGCAUAAGAUCCAUUAUAAACACAGUAGAAAAUGAUGUAAAAUAGUGUACAGCAGAAAUGUAGAAACGUACAUGUUAACAGUCAAGCCUGGGAGGCUAUUGCCUGCCAUAAAUCAGCCUUCAGUUUACUGCCCCUCCCUUGUAGCCAUGUCAAAAGAAAGCUUUUGUCAACAUGACACGAAUGAGUCUGGCAAUCAGUCUAGGCCAUUAAAAGAAUUAAAAUUGGGUUGUAUUUCCUUUCAGAAAGAAUUCCUUUUAUUUGUCAUAAAGGUAUUACAACGCUUAUACUACUACAUGAGAAAUUUCUGCAAUCUGAUUGGCUUAGAGCAGUGGUAUUUCAGCUUAUUUUGAAAGACCUACAUGUGAAAAUUACAAACUUUUUGUGGGUAGUAGUAUAAACAAAUAAUAGCAUGAUUUGUACGUGAUAUAUGGCAUAAAUACCACUCUUGAUAUUUCAAAAUUGUCUCAAAUUUCACUCGCC